CCUGGUGGUUUCAAUGCCCUUUCGCCUGAUGAGCCUCUCGAAGCCAAGAUCCCAGAUUGCCAUCCGGCAGUUAUACAGUCGUGCCCACUCGGUCCGGAAAAUAACGGGAGGCGUCCUUCUCUGCACAGGGGCGCGUUAUGAUGACGUCGGGAGCCGUCCAGACCUAAACUUACUGCGCAGGUGUGCUAGGUGCUUCUGGCGCGCAGGCGCUUUGGCGACCUCAUUGUUCAAGGUCCUGCAGGGCCGGAUUUGGGGAACGAGGGCCCUGAGACCGUUCUGCGCAGGCGCCGCGAAGGUCUAUGUCCCUGAGAUCACGCUUCCAAGACACACCCCCUUCUAAAGGGAGUGACGUCAGGUUAGAGCCCUCGGAACGCGUCUGGUGGUCCCCAAAUCCCUGCGCUCCAACCUCUUCGGCCUCCGUCCGUCCGACUCCAGGGGCGGAGCGUUUCGGCGGCAGAUCGGCGACCAGCAACUGUGCCCUGCCGUGUAUCGGCUCUUUGCUCGCUAUGCCUCCACCGCGGGGUGAUGUGACCGCCUUGUUUCUGGGGCCUCCGGGCUCGGGAAAGUCCGCACUGAUUGCAGCUCUGUGCAACAAAGAUGUGGAGGUGGUAGAGAUCCCCGAUGGACGGCCAGACCCCGGGAUCCCCAGCCUGCGAGCUGCAGGCCCAGGCCUCUUCUUGGGCGAGCUGAGCUGCCCACCCGCAGCUCCAGGUCCCUGGGCAGCGGAGGCUAAUGUGCUGGUCCUGGUGCUGCCCGGCCCCGAAGGAAACAACGAACCCUUGGCACCAGCGCUGGGGGAGGCAGCGCGGGCCGCCCUGGCCCGAGGGACGCCAUUACUGGCUGUGCGGAACCUCCGUUCUGGAGAUUCACAAAAUGAAGCCCAGGCCCGGGAACAGACCGAGGCCCUGCUGGACAGCGCGGGACUGGGAGGUGUGCCUCUCUACGUGCUGCAUGCGGACUGCGACAGCAGAGAGGGCUGCGUGGAACUGGAGCGCCUGCGGGCGGCGCUGCGGAGCCAGGCGGAGGCGUUGCAGAGGCACCUGCCGCCAGCUCAGGAUGGCUUCGAGGUGCUGGGAGCAGCUGAGCUGGAGGCUGUGCGUGAGGCCUUUGAGACCGGUGGCCUGGAGGCAGCGAUGUCCUGGGUUCGUGCUGGCCUGGAGCGACUGGGCAGCGCACGGCUGGACCUGGCCAUAGCUGGCACCGCUGACAUGGGCCUUGUGCUGAACUUGCUGCUCGGGCUGGAUCCUGGGGACCCAGGUGCUGUGCCUGCUUCGGUGGAGCCCACAGGGCCCACGCCCUACCCUGCCCCUGAACGCCCUAAUGUAGUACUCUGGACCGUGCCUCUGGGCUCCGAGGGCGCUGCUGCCACCCCCCACCCAACCCACUACGACGCCCUCAUCCUUGUCACUGCUGGGGCCCCCACUGAGGAGGACUGGGCCCAGGUCCGGUCCUUGGUGCUACCCGAUGCCCCGCUGGUCGGUGUGCGAACAGAUGGCGAGGGUGAAGAUCCGGAAUCUCUGGAAGAGAAGAAGGCAGACAAGUACCCUGGCAAGAGCUUAGAGAACGCAGGUGGAGAGGGUUUGGAAAAACAUGACACUGGAUCUCAGAAAGCAGGCGAUGGGGGAGUUUCAGAGAAAGCAGGCAGUGAGGGUUUGCAGCAGGUUGGCGCAGGUGCACAGCAGUCGGGCAAUGGGGACACAGGGCGUGCGGCUGCUUGGAGCCCGGAGGACGAGACCUGGGAGGUACUGGAGGAGGCGCCGCCUCCGGUGUUCCCCCUGCGGCGGGGUGGGCUCCCCGGGCUCUGCGAAUGGCUGAGGCGAGCGCUUCCCGCGGCCCAGGCAGGGGCGCUGCUGCUGGCGCUGCCGCCCACAUCCCCGCGUGCAGCCCGAACCAAAGCUGUGGCGCUUCGGGCUGGAGCAUGGCGGCCGGCCCUGCUAGCUAGCCUGGCGGCGGCGGCAGCACCAGUACCUGGGCUCGGCUGGGCCUGUGAUGUGGCGCUUCUACGCGGUCAGCUGGCAGAGUGGCGGCGGGCCCUGGGGCUCGAACCCACAGCGCUGGCCCGGCGGGAGCGCGCGCUGGGCCUGGCCGCGGGGGAGCUAGCAGAGCGGACGCACUUCCCCGGCCCAGUAACGCGCGCUGAAGUUGAGGCGAGGCUGGGUGCGUGGGCCGGGGAGGGCACUGCGGGGGGCGCAGCGCUGGGUGCGCUCUCCUUCCUGUGGCCCGCCGGCGGCGCAGCGGCCACUGGUGGCCUAGGCUACCGCGCAGCCCAUGGCGUCCUGCUGCAGGCUCUGGACGAGAUGCUGGCCGAUGCGGAGGCAGUGCUGGCACCCCAUGCGCCUGCGCAGUGAGGGGUGGGGUGAGGGCCAGGGCUUCCGGAGCGCUCCCAGUCCUGGCUACUUGGCUCCGCCAGGGACUGAGGACUCCACACCCGGUUUAGAGGAACCGGGUUUAGGGGUUCAGUCUCCGGCACGGGAUGUCUAGGGCUCUGAGAGGACAGCGGGUGUGCCGCCACUCCAAAUCCUGGGUGCUUGAAGGGGAUGAGACUAGCUCCUGGUUGGGAUAAUCUAGUCACCCACAUUCCUGGGUUUUGAAGGGGGAUAGAAUCUCGGGGCCAGGACUCUUGAUUUCUCUGGGGGUCACAGGGCAGAACCCCCCGAGACAUGUGUCCUGAAGAGAGUUGAGGGGUUGGACUUCCAGAAAGGGUUAUGAUAUUAUCUUAGUUUUCAAAGGAGUAGAAACUGGAUGUAAUGGACAUCUAGUUCUCCAGGGGCAGGGGGAGUGGAAGCCCUGAUUCCUGAUGAGGGACAUCUUCCUCGGGCUGGGUACUCCUGGGUACCUCAUGCUUGGAGUACUAGGGUACCCCAAGAGUUCCUGGAACUCUUAGACUUAUGAGCCACAAAGGGAUAUAGGGUCUGGGUUUUCUAAGGGGAAUAGGUCUACACACAGCCUCUCAGUUCCUCAAGAGGCGGUGGGCUUUGGACCUUCAUGGGUGGACGGGGCAGUCUCGGGUCCUAGACUCCUGGCUCCGAAGAGGGCUGUGGACCUUGGUUCCUAAUUCCUGGGUGGUGGGAGGCCUGCAUGUAGAGGAGGGAACGGGGCUGUGUGACAGAGCUAGAAGUCCUUUGGUCUCUUGGGGAGUAUAGAGGUGUUUAAUAUUUGCUCCUGAUGGGGAGACUCUGGUGACGAAGACUCCUUUCCCAGCUGUUGUGGGGAAGGUCGGCCACACAAAAAUAAGAAGAGGAGGCAAGAGGGGCGUGGUGGGCUCUGGGGGUGGCCAGACACCAGGAAUGAGACCUUCUGGUUAGGGAAGGGCAGGAACCCACACCUCAGAGAUACCUCCUGCGAAUCCCUAAUGGAUUUGGGUCCUGGAAACUCCCCUCUCUCUGUGACUUUGACUGUCCCGUGUCAGAGGUGCUGAGUGAUUUGGGAGCUCUCUGAGGAAUCUGUUCCUCUCUCCCACGGCCCUUUAGUGGUUCCUACUUUGGGACUUGGUUUCUUCUGUCAUUAAACCUGAACCCUUUCCAGCAUGGUAUUUUGUACACCUGCCUUUUUGGAGAAGCAGCCACACAGCUGCACUAAUCCCAACAUGUCUGUUGGCUCCCUUGGGCAUGCUUAGGAAGCUCUGCCUUCCGGUGUACACACAGAGAGCUGCAGUGAGCACGGGACCUAAAGGACACCUGGGCAGGUGAUCCCGCCAGCAGGAAUGUGCCACGAGUGGGGCAAAGGCAGAAACCACGGUGCCUGGAAUGUUCUAGGCUGCCACCUGCAUGUAGAGGAGCAGCCACAGGGCACAGAGUUCUCCGGUGUCAAAAACAGAAGGGGAGGGCAGAAGCUGAGAGGCCAUCCAAUAGAAUCCCUUUUAUAAUAGUUGGGGAGAACAAAGCCCAGAGAGGGCAGGCUUUAGGCCCAGCAGCACACAGCAAGGCCCUAUAUGGUCUGGCUCCUGCCUGUUUCCAUUCUCUGCCCCAUCCCAUCCUCCAGACAGCUUGGUGGAUCUUCCUUCUGAUGCUUGAGUGAGCCACCUUGGGUCCUGCCUCAGGACCUUCACACCUGCUGUUCAUGCUGCCUGGAGUGCUCUGCCCCCCCCCCCCCGAAAUUUCCAUGAGUGGCUCAUUCUGUCAGUCAGGUCUCAACUCAAAUGUCCCCUCAGAGAGGCCUUCCCUGCCCGUUCUAACUGAAGUGGCUCAUUACCCCCCAUUAUUCCUCCCUGCUGGUAGCAAUUAUGACUGUAGAAAAUUAUUUAUUUACCUAUUUACCAGCUGUUAUUCCCUUGUCUGUCUUGUUCUCUGCUAUACUCCCAGCAACUAGAAUAGUGCUUGACACACAGCAGGUGUUUAAUAAAUAUUAUUUUAAUUCAUUAGCCGGUGGCAGAACUAGGGCUAGGAUGUAGAUUGUCAGCCUCUUGCCACACAACAGGGAAAAGAAUUGAGAUGGGGGGAGAAACAAGCUUCUAAUGGGAGAGAACGUGCCUGUCUGAGAGGUCAGGGGACCUGGAAAGCAAGCACAGCUUUGCCACUGUCACCCUGGGUGACUUGGACCAGUGCCUUAUUUUCUCUUCUGUGACAUUUCCUUUGACAGCCAAAGGCAGGGGUAACUGACCUGAGGCACAGAUUCCAGAGGACUGGCUCCCCCAUCUCCAGCUUAAACUGCCAUCCAAGUUGAGAUGGCCAAGAUGGGGAAAAGCAUUUGGCUCUAAACUGAAUGGCUCCAGGCAUCAUCAAAGCUCUCGGCCUUAGGGGAAAGAAAUUCUAUUGGCAUAGCUCUACGGUCAGACGAUCCUGCUGACUUUGGGGGUGACCUCGGGCAAGUCACUCAGCAAGUAGUAUGUAUCUACCUCACAGGGUUAUUGUGAGAAUUCAAUGUGUGUACCUAGGUACGUGCGUUCUCUCUCACACGUCAACAUACUGCAGCCCCUCCUGAGAAGCCUGGCACACUGGGACGUCAAGAGUAGCCUGGUUGUCCUUGCCCCCACUCCCUCAGCCCCAGCGACACCAAGACGACUCUAGUGUGGGUAUCUUUGCUCACAGAAUGUCCACUUUUUCUGCGGUGUUGACACCAUCUCUGAUUUGGUCCUGCCUGACGUCGCUGCCCUCUGAUCCCCUGCUCCAAAUUCCCUCUGCCCUUUUCACGCCAGAGAUCACACCUGAGGAAACAGAGCCCCAGUUUUGUUUGCAUGUGUCUCUGCCAUUGGGGAGUGCUCAUUGUAUUGCAGUUCAUAACUGUAUAUUGGCACUCUGGGGUGUCACAACUACCUUUUCGAGUGGUUGCCUUUUAAAUCAUGACUUUUGAUGGCAUUGACUUUUAAACUUAGUGGAGGUAUAAGGUUGCUAGUGAGGCACGUGUCUGUGGGAGCAUACAAGUAGAAAAGACUGAGUCUCCCUUUUAGACAGAUCACUGGCUGCCAUUAGGGUGUGUCUACGUGGCACCUCCAGGCUGGAAGACCCUCAAAGGCAAGGAUUUAAGGAAAUGAAUGAUGAAUUUUGGCAUUGCCAUUGGCCGGAAGCAGAAUAGGCACAAAGAACUUGAGCGAUGAGACAGUCUCAUCACCUAAGCUGAGUUUCUUGUGUUUCUGGGUAAUGCUGGAGGGGCUUGUGUCCACUGAGGUGGAGAACCAUGGAAGGACGCAUGAAGGGUGUGGCUGGCCUGUGGUGCUUUUUGGAGGAGUGAAUAAAAGUGCGUAGA